AGACGGACGGACGGACGGAGAGACGGACGGAGAGACGGACGGACGGAGAGACAGACGGACGGACGGACGGGGGGAGGAGGUGAGGAGACCAGAUGAUCCCCUGACACGCCGGGCCUUCAGAGGUUCACCAUGAGGUUGAAUCCCGUCUCCAACGUCACACCGGACAUGACGCCGGGCCACGCCCACGCCAACACCUCCGGCGCUCUGCCCCCCCCCUCCUGCAGCAUCGACGAGUCCUACAAGUACGUCUUCCUGCCCGUCUGCUACUCGCUGACCUUCGUCUUCAGCCUGACCCUCAACUCCGUGGUGCUGCUGCGCUCCUGCCGUCGCCACGGCAGCGGCUGUUGCGGCGCCAGCGGGCGGCGUUGGAACACCUCCCUGAUAUACAUGGUGAACUUGGCCACCACCGACCUGAUGUACGGCCUUUCGCUGCCCUUCCUGGUGGCCAGCUACGUCCUGAGGGACAGCUGGGUGUUUGGUGACUUCAUGUGUCGCCUGGUGAGGUUCCUCUUCUACUUCAACCUCUACUGCUCCAUCUUCUUCCUCACCUGCAUCUCUGUGCACAGGUACCUGGGGAUCUGUCACCCCAUGAGGACCAUCACUCUGGAGAGUAAGCGGGUGGUGAAGGGCAUCUGCGCCUUGGUGUGGGUGGUGGUCUUCAUCCUCACCUGCCCCAUCUUCAGGUUUGCCCAGACGGGAUACGUAAGACGGCGAGGCGCAGAACGAUCCCCUGAACCCGAGGCAUCGAGGAACGCCGGGAAUACGACGGUGGAACAGGACGGAGAAGGUUACAUGAACUGCUGGGACGACGCCAUCGAUAGAGAGUUCGCCGACUACGUGCCGUACGGGAUGGUCCUCCACCUGUUGGGCUUCUUCCUGCCCUUCGUCAUCAUCGCCUGGUGCUACUCUCACGUGGUCAGGACCAUAUUUCGGACGCUACGCUCUCCUCCCAGCUCCAUCGUAGGAGGUGAGGACGGUCAGGGGGGAGACGGCGCCGCAGAAGGAGUGAGGGAUCGGGAGAGAACCUCCGUGUCCAUUUCCGGCUCCCAGUAUUCCCACUACAUCCGCAGGAGGAGGAAGUCCAUUAAAACCAUCGUGACCAUUACGCUGCUGUUUGCCCUCUGCUUUCUGCCCUUCCAUGUGACCCGGACACUGUUCCUGCUGCUGCGGCGGGGGCAAAUCGGAGGCUGCAACGCCAUGAAGGCGGUCUCCAUUUGCUACAAGGUCACGCGUCCGCUGGCCUCCUGCAACGCCUGGCUGAACGCCCUUCUCUACUUCCUGACAGGAGACAAAGGCGCCCCCUGCUGCUGGCCUGGAGAACCCACGGUUCGCCGGGACCGACAGAACGGCUCCCUCUGGUGGCCACUGAAAAUGAUGAAGAAAGAGGGAGUGGGAGAGGACGACCAGGGGGCAGCAGAGAAAGUGAAGAGGGAGUUGCAUCUGGAGAACGAGUCCAAGUCGUCCAGGAUCAUCUUCUAGGAUUUUUUUUUGUCGCAGAAUAAGAACCAAAACAAAACCAACCAGACAAGGCUAGCGGUACCGACUCUAACCCACUGUAGGGGGCAGAGUUCAGUAACAAACUAAUGUAUUUUCUUUUGUUUUUCAAUCUUGGAGCUUAAGAAUUGUUCACGUUUACAGGGUCAAUAAGAAACACAAAGGUUUCCUGACAGCACGCCCUCUAGUGUCCACUUCCUGUUGUUGCUCAGAAGAAAAGGUGACUAAAAGAGUC